UUAUAGUUACGUGCACACUUCAGAGACCAACACAAUUCACAACACAUACAUACAGUAGAUCUCGUUCUCUUUCCUUCCAUCUCUCUCUCUCUUGGUUUCCUUCUUUCUUUCCUCUCCAAUCUCCUCUCUCGGUUUCCUUUGCACCUGAAAAGUACGUACUCUGCAACGAUGGCGGAUUCAUCUGCUUCUUAUAUUCACAUGGUGCAACAUCUGAUAGAGAAGUGUCUCCUGUUCUACAUGACCAAAGAAGAGUGCAUAGAAGCCCUCUCUAAACAUGCAAAUAUUAAACCUGUAAUUACUUCUACUGUGUGGAAAGAAUUGGAAAAAGAGAACAAAGAGUUCUUCGAAGCAUACGCGAGGAGCAGAGCGCAUCGGGUUGCCGAGGCGGAAACAAAGCAAAUGAUCCAUAGGAUGCUCUCCAAUUCCGACGACUAAGCUAUUACUAUUCCACCAAUUAGUAGUAUGAAAGAGAAGACGACGAGAUCUUUUCUUCUUCUUGACCCUUUUACAUGGUAGUGGGAAAGGAGCAUAGACGAACAUAGUAAUUAAUGCUGACCGACAGAGGAGGACGACGACUUUUGAAUGGAUCGCCGGCUCGUUUCAUAAACUACCCUGACUGACUCCACCAUCACCGUUCAUCAUCAAGUAAUAAUGCAACAAAGCGAAAAGAAAGGAGGCAAGGACCAAGGAGAAGGGCAAAUAUAUUUUCGCCGGGGAGGGAGGGAGGGGAAGGGAAGUCGUUAUCCUAUUCCUAUCAUACUUUCUAUACCUUUAAGAUUUCAAGUUCGUGUCGUAUGUGCCAGCAGUGUUGGUCAGGGAGGUCGGAUGUCUUAACACGUUUCGCAUGUGGCAGCGCCGGGGUCUCUCGGUGUGAAAUAGUCUUUUUCUUUUCUCUUUAUUUUUCCACUGUAAAUAAGUAAUAUAAAUAAAAUGAAAUGAAACGAAGCAGGAGAGAUUGCAUGCAGCUUUCAAGCGGCGUCUUUAUCUCCCCCUUUUCCUCUCAA